UCAUGCGGCGAAGCAGGCAAUGCAAAUACAAUCAUCGAUAUGUAAUAUACUAAUUUAUCCCAUAUCCUCAUGUUUUGCAUAAUUGAUGAAUUGUUUGUUUGUUUGUUUGUUUAUAGGUUCAGUUCCAGCAGCACUAUGACAGAUGGAGAUUAUGACUAUCUGAUCAAACUCCUGGCUUUGGGGGAUUCUGGAGUGGGCAAGACCACCUUCCUUUACCGCUACACCGACAACAAGUUCAACCCCAAAUUUAUCACCACCGUGGGCAUCGAUUUCAGGGAAAAGAGAGUGGUGUACACCACAAACAGCCCCAAUGGAACAACAGGAAAGACGCUUAAAGUUCACCUGCAGCUUUGGGACAACCGCGAGGACAGGAGAGGUACGUUCAGGAGUUUAACGACAGCUUUCUUCAGGGAUGCCAUGGGAUUCCUGCUCAUGUUUGACCUGACGAGUCAACAGAGUUUCCUGAAUGUCAGGAACUGGAUGAGUCAGCUCCAGGCCAACGCAUACUGUGAGAAUCCCGAUAUUGUUCUGGUUGGAAAUAAAGCCGAUCUCACCGACCAGAGAGAAGUACAGGAGAAACAAGCGCGAGAACUUGCGGAUAAUACGGGUAACAUUCCAUACUCGAGACGAGUAGCGGCGCAUCGAGCAGAAGUGGACAAGGCCAUCGCCACGCUCCUGGACCUGGUGAUGAAGAGGAUGGAGCAGUGUGUGGAUAAACCCAUGACCGACGCACAAAACACGGACCACACCAGCAAACUGGACGCAGCGCCGGCCAACGAGAAGAAAUGUGCAUGUUAAAGAACCAGGAAGUGCCCCUCUAUUUCCUCUACUGGAUAGGUGUGGAAGUGCAGCCCGUGGUGGCAGAUCUCAACGCGA